AUGGAAUCGACGGGUAGUGCAGAGAAGACAGUGCAAAAACGACCAUUUAUUGAGCAUUUGGGAUUCACGGACACAUCAAAAGCGCCAAAAAUCGAUAUAACAAUAAGGGGUGAAAAAUAUUACUACGAGUUUUUGAAGGUGCAACGUGAGAAAUAUAUGAUUGUGAGAAAAUCGAAAGAUGAUUCGGAGGAAUAUCGAUCGCAAUUGCCGGUUUACAUUAAUCUCAACUUUUUUGGAUGUCAUUAUUUUAAAAAUCUAUUAGCAAAGUACAAAGAUACAUUAGAGAGUUUGAUUAUGAGCGUAACCAAGAAUCGCUCGUUCAACUUUGAUAUCGAAUAUCUAGCAAAUCUUCGAACCCUUCAAUUGAGCGGUGAUUUCAAUAUCGGAACAAUCCUCACAAAAUUACAAAAACCUUUGGAAUAUUUGAGUAUUCAAGUGAGACAUCGCAAUAAAAUCGACUAUGAACAAGUGUAUCAAUGCACGGGAAAUCUAGUGAUACCCUUUAGAUAUUUGACAAAUGAGCAAUUUGUGAAGAUUCAGGCGAAGAAUGUGCGAAUGGAUAUGGGAUAUUUGACAGAGGAGAAUAUCGCCGAUUUCUUGAAGAGCUAUCAGAACGAUACAAUUGGGAAAAUCGUUAAUUUUUAUACUUGGGAUAUUGAUGGCGAAUCAUUUUUCAGUAUACCAAAGUUAUGGAAACUUCUUGGAUCUAACGACACUGAUUAGUGAGUUUCUAGAGAUUAAAAUUGAGCAAAUUUUUUGGUUUCCAGCAAAAAACUCCUUGCCAUUCGCCACAACACCAAACGCAAAGUGGCUCAUUUGAGUUAUAAUAAUAAAACCUUGACGCUGAGGAACUUGAUGAACUAA